AUGGGUGACCCCUUUGUGCGACCGGGACUGGAGUACGCUCCGCAUGUGGAGCAGGUUUUGCUGAAGCAUGAGGGAACCAUGACGCUGGAGACCACCAAGGAUGACUGGAUGCGGUACCAGCACCGCGACACACUUGCGGCUAUUAUCGAGCACCGCGACCAGAUCGAGUACCUGUGUAUUGCAGAGAACUUGCCGCCUGCCAAGAUGGAGAGGAUUUUGCUAGAGCGCAUGGUGGACCCUAUCGCAAAGCGCUGA